AUGGCCGACAACGGUGAAGUCAGGUACCCCGACACAGGUGCCGACAUCAAGGAGUCGAUCACGAACGGCCCGGUCGCUGAAACCAUCAGAUCCGAAGCCUCCCGCACUGGUCAAGAAAUUCGCGACCUGAAGAGUGCGAAGGUGAUUCCUUCGACCACCACGGCCACCGGCCAGCCCCUGACCUACUACCACUCUCUGCUGUACAGUCUUCUCAGCUGGGAACAACCUCGUGCCACCGCCGCUUCCUUCGCCAGUGUCGUUGCUUUCAUCUUCGCCGCCCGUUACCUCCCUCUUCUGCGCUGGUUCUUCAAGUUCCUCUACUUCGUUCUUGGCAUUACCGCCGCUGCCGAGAUCGGCGGCAGACUCGUCCUGUCUCAGGGCCUCACCAGCUCAUUCCGUCCCCGCAAAUACUACACUCUCCCCAGGGAAACCAUUGAGGCUGUUUUGGAGGACUUCCAGCAGCUUGUGGACUUCCUCUUUAUUGAGUUCCAGCGCGUUCUCUUUGCCGAGAAUGCCGUCCACACUUCCGCUGCCGCUGCUGCCGCGUUCUCCGCCUACUGGUUGAUCAAGAUCCUUCCCUUCUGGGGUCUGUCCCUUUUGGCCGUCACCAUUGCCUACUUUGGACCCUUCAUUUACAUCAACAACCGUGAGGUGAUUGAUGCUCAGAUUGAGCACGCCCGCCAGAUGGUCGGCUCCCAGGCCAAUCAACUGAAGGAUCUCGCGGAGGAGCGCACUUACCACGCUACGGGUGUCGUAAAGCAGUACGUUGGAGACUACAGCAACAAGGCCCAGGAGUACAUUGGCCGUCGCUCCGCUUCCCCGGAGGUUGCCAAAGCCCCCGCCACUGGGCCGGUGGUCAAGAGGGAGCCCGAGCCCGAGGCUGUUGUCAAGACCUCGGAUUUUCCCGAAGCCCCCAAAGAUGAGCCGGUGGUGCAAUCUAUCGAGGAGACUCAGCCCGAGAAGCAGCCUCUGCUGGCCGUUUAA